AAUCAAAUAUUCAAAAUGGAACGAACCAGGUUAGCUGUUGAAUUGCCGAACUGUUUUUGUAAUGUUCCGGCUUCGUCAGUAUAUUCAGAGGAAUUCGGUCUACUGUAUGAAUGUCAUUACCGUCAUGCUAAUCCGUGGCAAAAGGUAGUAGACCAAUAUACCAAAGAAAAUGAUGAUAAAGAAAACGGCGGUUCUAAUCAAGAAGAGGAAGGAGCAAAAGUCAAUGUCGAUCCAUCCAGCCGUCAUACAUGUUCACUCAAUUCUGGUAGUUCAAAUGGGUUUUGUGGGUUCCACGUUCACAAAAGGUCAUGGGAUAUGUUUAUGCGUGCAUAUAUGCGAAAUGAACGUGUAAAACGAUGUGAACGGGAGCUAUCAAUUUGUCCCUAUUUCAAUUUUACAUUUUGCAUAGUAUUUGGUAUCCAAAAUGAGUAUCCGAAGCGCCAUCCUCCCGCGCCCAAUUGUUUUUGUGGAAAGCCUGUAGUAUUACGAACUGCAAGAGAUAGCAGACUUAUGUUCAGUUGUGCUAAUUAUCAUAUCAGUGGCGCACGACCAAAGUGUACUUGGCAUCUGUACGCUGAGGAAGUCCCUUUUAAUAAUACUGAUUUCUGCACGCAUCCAUUAAUCUCCAUGCAAGCGACUAGACUGCUGGAGCAAAUUGAUGAGACGUCCACAACAAACGACUCGCCCUCAGUUGAAAAAACGGAAAUAUCGGUCGCCGCUAACGAUCAACCC